UCGCCCGGCAUCGUUUUUAGUCAAAUAAUAACAACAAAACGUGGUCAUUUCGAGCCGCGCUGUACGGAUUCUCUGUGGAUGCUUUCUAGCCUGAUCUGAAAAAAAAAACGCCGAAAAAUGUCUAGCAGCGAUAGUGAUAGUGAAUUUCAAGAGGAACCUAAACCAUCCACGUCGAAGGCGAAAGGGAAGAAAAAAGAUGAUGGAAAACCGAAGCGUAAACGACUGCAGGACUAUUUGGAUGAGAAGGCAGCCCGCGAGGUAGCCGAGCGGGCGGAAGAGUUACUGCGGAAACGGCGUCGCCGUGGUCUGGCGGACGAUGAAGAAGAUCCAGAGGAGACAACGUUCCCGGUGAUCAACCCGAUGAAUUUUGUCAAGAACAAGGAGAUCCGCCACAAGCAGUUCAAACGUAUGCAGGGGGCCAAGAGGAAGGAAGAAAAGGAGGCCAAAAAGACGCGCAAGCUAGAGGGCAUACCAUCCGCUCCGAACCAUACGAUCGAAAGUCUGCGCGAGAAGGAUGAUACGACGGUGGUUAAUAUGGAAGGGGAGGAUCAGGCGGAAGUCAUGAACGAUCUGGCAAACGACGAGUUUUGCGAGUAUUAUCAGAAGAGCUACGAACCGAGGGUGAUGAUAACGUUCAACGCGACACCGCACAUGGUAACGCGCAAGUUUGCAUCCCUGCUGCGACGAAUGAUUCCAAAUGCAAAAACCUUCCGGCGUAAUAAGACACAACUGAAGCGGGUGUGCAAGAGCGCUAUACGCGAGAACUAUACCGACAUCCUGGUGGUGAACGAAAACAGGAAGAAACCGGAAGGUUUGCUGCUUAUUCACCUGCCCGACGGACCGACGGCACACUUCAAAGUAAGCAACUUUAAAGACUUGAAGGAUUUGAAGCGCAACGAGAGGGACAUUACAACACAUCGACCGGAGGUGAUUUUGAACAACUUUACCACUCGCCUGGGAUUGACUAUUGGUCGCAUGUUGGGCGCACUGUUUCACUACGAACCAGAAUUUCGCGGGCGUCGUGCAGUAACGUUCCACAAUCAGCGUGAUUACAUCUUCUUUCGGCAUCAUCUGUACGAAUUCGACAAGAACGGAAAGCGUGUGAAACUGCGCGAACUGGGGCCACGAUUUACGCUCAAGUUGCGUUCUCUGCAGGUGGGACUGUUUGAUGGCAAGUGUGGAGAUUACGAAUGGAUGAUUACCAACAAGCGCCACCAGAUGGAAAGCCGACGUAGAUUCUUCCUGUAAAAUAAAGUAUCUCACGGAUGUGGGUUUCAGUACAAUAA